CGGACCGGCCCGAGGGUCGAAAGGCUAACCAUGUGGCCAGUCUUGCGGAUCGCCGCGUAUUCGAAUGUGCUACUCCUGAGGAUGUCUGCAGUCGCCGAGAUGCCGGCGCUGGAAGACGUCCUCCCGAAAGGUGAAUCUCAACUCGGUCACUGGUGUAGUACCGACUCUAGCUGCUUGGCGGAGAACUCGGGCUGUCUGGCCGAGAUAUGCGCCUGCAAGAUCGGUUUUCUUCUCUACGAGGACAGGUGCAUUCCAGAGCCUCGCCACAGGGGCUUCUCCAAGGUGUACCUCAUGAGCAUCGGCUGCCUGCUGUCCAUACUCAUCUUCUCCAUGUCUCUGUGCUUCCUCUACUGGAAGCGGAAGCUCGACGAUCGGCGAAACCUAGAGGUGGAGGACAGCGGCUCGGUGGCUGGCAUCGCGCCUCCUCUGUGGUCGGACGAGUGCUCGAGUGACAAGCCGCCCUCCUACGAAGUCGCCGUCAGUAGAUCGUGCUUCCGCUUCAAGCUCGAAGCGCCGGCACCCAGUUCAUGGCAUGCGCUGCCCUCGUCUGACGACCAGGUUGCCAUCACCUUGCCGCCAGCCUACGGAGAAGUAACGCAGCACGAGAAGCGCCAUUAUGCCCGGAAUGCAGCUAGCCGAGCUUCGAUUUAGACACACCGACGACUUUCCGGCGGCGUUCCGCCACGGAGGCAGAA